AUGUAUCCGGACCAGCAAGCUCGUCUCACUUUUCAAGCGUUCCCGUUCAUGUUGCCGAUUCCUAAAUCGGAGGAUACUCUAGAAUCCACGGCAAGGAAGCUCGAUGGCCUAGCUAUUGCUAUUCGCAAUGGUGGCAGCUUGACAUUGACGAAUGGAUCGGUAUCCACUCCACAAAGACACAAUGCCGAAGACUUCGCCAAGGAACGGAUGACCGACAUGGAAUUGAUCCAGUACAACGAAUGGAAACAAAACACGUUCUCGCUGCCACACAUCAACUGGGAGGCAAACCGCUUACCUGUGAAGGCAGCAAGUUCAAAGACCUUCUCCCAGCGCGCCAUGGCCAUGAACAUUAUCUGGGGCUGUCAAGUCGCAUUGCCCGAGAAUGCUGCAUGGCUCUCCAACAACAUCCCCGAUAUCCUGCCAUUAGUGAAGGCUAUCACCAAACUCCUCAGUGCUCAAGCCCAUCUCGAAGUCUACGACCCACACUCAAGAUUUACCGACCAGGAAGUUGUGGAGAUCCAAACACUCCAACUCAUUACUGCCACCGCUGAAGAGAACGUGACACGGGAAAGGGAGCGUGUGCGUCAAUUAGCCCGCUGCAUCCAGGAGUCACAGACAGUGAUUAGAGAACGCCUCAAGAGUCUGAAGAAGUAG